AUGGCAAGCUUUCAACCUCUCAAUUUCAUACCAAAGCACCGUCAGGCGCACAUUCUGGAGUCGCCGGUGCAAUCUAUGAUUGCCGUGCCGCACAGUAAAAAGGCGGGCACGAACCACUGGUGUCUCUACCUGUUGACUUCCUACCGAAGCUCUGUCAGAAUCGAUUGCCAGCCAAGUUACUCGGUUCCGAGCACCAUUCUCCCCGGAGGCUCUAAGGCAUAUUUAUCAUACACCGUGUCCAGGGAUGCUCAAGCGCAGUUCCUUCUCAGUGUGGCUCCUGGUUUGAAGGUCAGACAUGUUUACGAUCUGCUGGUCCAGAAUGGACGCCAUAAAUACGAAUUCGACUCAAACGGCGUCGGUUGCAGAUUUUGGACGACGGACCAGAUCAAUCUGCUACACCAGCAUAGGCUGAUCAUGAACGCGGCACAGGUUACAGCUGCAAAGAAUGGAAUCGUUAAACUGUGGCCGGAUCAGACACCCCUAGGACUCGACCUGGGAGCCUACUACUAG